CUGAAGGGGUGGCGGUGGAAACAUUGUUGCCUUCUCUCCACGACAACAGGCACUAUCUGAUUUCAAGCGCCAAUACUGAUGUUAAUAGCAUUCUUUAAAUAAUAAAAAUGAAAUAGGCUAAAUCCAAAUUUACUCAAGCAAAGUACUGGCAGGAAUCCAAAUUGAACUGUAACUUUGGGCAAUUUUGUAUUCAACCUGACAAUAUUACAAUCACCAAGCUCGAUUUAAGAAACUGUAAGGAUUAUUUUAAUAUGAUCCAAAUUUCUUCUUUUAAAAAAAGAAACUAAAAUAUUUUGGGCACUUAUAAAAUGACCUUUGGAUUGUUGAAUAAUAAAUUGAUUUGGUCACACUGUGACAUUGUGCAUCUGAACACUAAUUGCAUUUUGUCUGCAGACAAGUCCAGGCAAGUACUAACAUUUUAAAUACUUGACUAAGAUAAAACACUAAGAGGAACUACGCCACAAAAAAAAACAUUGUGAUCACCACACUAAAAGAUUCAGUUUGACUAAAUGUAGUAGAGACAAACCAAGAGCAUUUAAUGUUAAUAAGCUGAACAUCUUGGGUGCUGAUCACUGGACUAAAAAAGAACUUAGUAUUUGAAUAAUACUGCGCCUUUGCUAGUCAAUCAUUUCCAAAACAGCAGAUUAAUGAAGCAGAAAACAAUAUACAGUAAGCAUCAUAGAAUACCUUCUAAUGAUUGCAAAGCUUCAAGAGCCAGCAGCAGGAUAAUUGUAAGUUGAGCAUGUGCAUUAAUAAAAUGAUUUAACAUAUAAAUGUAACAGAUAAACUGAAAAUACAUUUAUUCCUUGCAGUAUCUCAGAACUAUCUGAUAUCUAAUGAAUUUGUAACUGGCACUCAUCUCUUUAUCAAGAAAUCUUCACAAACGUAUGCGAUUCUGACAGACCUUCAGUGUGACUGAAGCAAGUGGUUACUACAGUUGUCUCAAUUUUCAGACAAUGGCACCUUUAAAUGGAUUAGCAGACCACGGCAGGUUGAUAUAGAGUUUUUCUAUCCAGCACGUGCUACAUGUACCAAAGAAAACAACUCUACAGCCAAGAUUGUUUCUACCUUAAAAAAAUGUCUAACAGUAUGCAAAUCAAUGUGGACCGCCAGUCACGUGUUUCAGACACCUAUCCCUGCAGGUUACUCGAGGGGCUCUCCAAUUUGAGAAUGAAGAACAUUUUGUGCGACAUUGCUCUGGAGGCUGAAGGAGUUACCUUUCUUGUACACAAAGUAAUUCUAGCAUCUGUCAGUAGUUAUUGUAAAUUAUUAUUAGAAAGUCAACCCGACAACGCUAUCAAGUUAAAUAAUGUCAGUGCAAGAGGGUUAAAACACGUGUUGGAUUUUAUUUACUCAAACAAACUAGAUCUUACUUUAGAUACGAUUGAAGAUAUAUUAAAGGCAGCAGAGAGUUUGUUGAUCCAGGAUGCAAUUAAUCUAUGUUUUAUAUUCCUUGAAGAACACCUCUCUCAGGGAAAUUGUUUUGAUAUUUUUAAAAUAACUCAAAAAUCUGGAUCCGAAGAGUUAAAACAAAAGGCAUUUUUAUAUCUUGGACAUUACUUCAAAUAUAUAUUAGAAAAUCAUCAGUACCUUGUCGAGCUGGAUAAAACAGCACUGUGCAAAGUUCUAGAGAAUGAUGAAAUACAAGGGUACAGUGAACUGGAACUAUUCAAUUGUGCAACUAUGUGGCUACAUCAUGGUAGGAAUAGGAUGAAGGAUGCUGCAUAUAUUAUGAAAAAAAUUAGAUUCUGCCUUAUUUCAGCCAUCGAUUUACAGAAAUAUGUUCAAAAAAUCUCAGUGAUGAAAACUGAUUCCCAAUGCUACAAAUACCUUCAAGAAGCACUUAGUUACCAUUCUCAAUUAUAUGCUCAGCCUAUGCUAGCAUCUGAACAUUCACGGAUUCGGUCAAACACUGAAAAUGUGUUGAUCCUCGGAGGCCGCACAACAAACAACAGUACUUGCAAUGAUAUAUGGAUUGCAGAUGAGAAUGGCAGCUGUUGGAGAAAACUGGGAGAAAUGCAUACUCCUUUGUACAAUCAUGGUGUAGUGGUUGUGAAUGAUUUUGUAUUUGUAGUAGGAGGACAAAGCAACUUUGAUGCAACUGGAAAUCAGCCAUUAAAUGAGGUUUUUCGGUUUGAUCCACGGAAUAACUCAUGGCUUCAGGUUGCUGGAAUGCUGGAAAGGCGCACACGGUUUCAUGUGAAUGCAAUUUUAGACCGGAUUAUAUCUGUGGCAGGGGGCACACUGCUAGGGAACUUAACUUAUACAGUGGAAGAAUACAAAUUUGAAAAGAACAAGUGGGAGUUUGUAACACCCUUCCCUGUGGCAGUGGCAGACCAUACUGGGGCUGUUCACAAAGGUAUUCUCUACAUUUCAGGUGGAUUUUCAGCAGGAAAAGCUCUUAAUGAUCUAUACAGUUAUAUCCCAAGACUACGACGAUGGACCAUUAAUCAAUCCAUGAAAUUUGCCCGGUGUGACCACGGAAUGGCUACCAUUGGAGACAAAAUAUUUUGCGUAGGGGGAAGAGCUUUAAACUCAUCAACUGAAUGGCUUCAUGUAAAUGAAACAGAGUAUUACACCCCUACAACUGACCAGUGGACAACACUUAAGGUCUCACCCUUUGACUGCUGUCAAUUUAGCACAUCUGUGCACAAUUCCAAGCUCUACAUCACUGGUGGUGGUUCUCUAUGUCAAAUGGCCAAAAAGGACAGUAUUUUCAUCUAUGAUCCAGAAGCCAGAAAGUGGGAGAGGGCAGGUGCAUUACCUCUGCCAUUGAUGGAUCAUGCUGCGUGCACAGUUAAACUCUCUGGAGAGAUUUUAUACAAAUUAAAAUGUGAGAAGAGCAUCCAUCCACUUCUUGGUACAAGGAAGAUUUCUACUCUCAAUCUAUUUAUAACUGAUUAGUAUGUUAUAUUUAGUAUAUUUGUAAGAAUGAAAAUCAAAAAUGAAGUGGAACUGUUGAGGAUUAUAACCGUGCUAUAUUGCAAACAGCUUGAAUUUAGCUCAUUGAACAUUUGUGGGAAAUCUGAAUAUGUAUUCAAUUUACCUAGUUCAGUUCCUAAAAAUCAUGCUGUAAUGAAAUCACUUCCUUGUAAAAAAUAUUAUUCUGAUGAGAUGUCAACUGUCCAGCUGAUCAUUUUGCACCAUGACAUAUGCAACAACAGAAGACACAGACUAGACUAAUUACAGUAAUUAAUAAUCUCUGGGAAAAGAAUCACAACUACAUAUGCUGUUUCAUAGCAAAAUCAUCAGCUGGCAAUUUACAUUUUUGUAAAAAAAGACAGUAGUUUUGUAAAAAAAAAGUAAAUCUAAAAGAUGACAAAUAAGUACAUUGUAAAAUUUGACACCUGAAAUAUUACUUAUGUUGUAUCAGUACAUCAUUAAAUCCAAUUGCUCA